UGGAAAUGGCAGCGGUUUUCCUAGUAAUGUUGUACGAGUACUCUCCGCUGUUUUACGUCAGUGUGGUUUCUUUGUGUUUCGUUGUUACCGCCGCCAUGGUGCUGGGAUGGUUCGGCUUUGACGUUCCAGUGAUCUUACGCAACUCUGAUGAAACAGAGUCUGUCCUUCCAACUCCUGAAAAGCAGAUGGUUCAGGUGACCAACCCUUUUGCCCUGGAGGUGGGCUCCGGACCGGCAUCUGUGACCAGUGGCGUAUCUGUGCGGCCCUGCUGCCUGGAGCCCUGCGUCCUCACCUGUUUCUGGGGCUGUGAGGUGGCGGCUCUGCAGGGGGCGCUGCAGGCCCACCAGCACGGCCCAAGACUCGACACCCCCCAACGCUUCCAGGACGCCCUACGCCAUCGCUACUGCUACAGCCAGAGCUUCCAAAUCAACACAGAUGACCAAGAGGAGCGCAGCACUCAGAUCCCCCCAGACCAGGGCGUCACACACUUCGGCCCGUUGCCGAGGGACCGGUACCCACUGGUGGCAUUACUGACACUGACAGACGAACAAACCAGAGACAACUUCAACAUAGUGUCCAGUGUGACCGUCGUCCAUGUCCCUGACCAGUCGUACCCUCUGUCUGCUCGUGUCCUCUUCCAGUACCUCCUCACUGCACAGGGCAGCAUGUACGAGCUGAAGCCUCUGUUCAUGUCAGCUGACAGCAGGGGGGAGUCCAGCCCCCCAGGUCCAGACCACAGCACACCUCCCACUAAAGCCAACAAGGAGGACGGACCGCAAGAAGAGGGCAGUAAAGAAGAGCCAAGUCCAGCACUGGAGUCAGAGGAGGACCAGGACCAGGACCAGGAGGAGCAGGACCAGAGUCAGAGGAGGCGCAGGGACUGUGUGGUGUGUCAGAAUGCAGCAGUGAACAGAGUCCUGCUGCCCUGCAGACACGCCUGUGUGUGCCACAGCUGUGUGGCCCACUUCCAACACUGUCCCAUGUGCAGGGCCUUCAUCAUAGAGUCCUUCGCUUUGUCAGAGGGAGGGGCUGCACAGCACUGACCCCCAUACGGACCCCCUUACAGACCACCAUACAGACCCCCAGGGGUAGCCCUCAUAUGAAACCAUAACCACAGGGAUCAGGGAAGACAUUCAGCUGGACUGUCAUCCAUGUGGAACGUCCAGUCCAUGUGGUCCAUGUGGUAGGUCCAGUCCAUGUGGUAGGUCCAGUCCAUGUGGUCCAUGUGGAACGUCCAGUCCAUGUGGUAGAACCUGUCCAUGUGGUAGGUCCAUCUCAGAGGUUGCGCUAGACAUUUUUAUUGUUCGUCAUUUUGACGGACAGGGUUGUAAAAAUUCCAUCAUAACAUUAUUAUUAUCCGUCAUUUCAAAUUUUUUAUUUUUUAAUGAUAAUGAGACAUAUUUAGUAGUAUUUAAUGUUCAAAAACAUCUCAGUGAUGCAGCAGCUGUAGUUGCUGCUGGCUGAUAAACCAACCUGAUAUCACAACUCACGUAAUUAUAUAUGCCACUUUGAACUGGUGUGUUAUCUGCAGACAUUCUAAACUUUCCUUGUGUUUGUUCACACACUGUCCAGUCCCAUGCACUGAGGGUUAGAGUUCAGGUUCUGUGAAGCACAGAUCUGGAAACAAAUGGACAUGCCAUCUAAUAACACAUGGAAGGUAGAACAUGUGUACGUAUAACACACCAAAUGAAAGAAGAACUGGAGUAUUCCUUGCUUGUCCUUCAUCCUUCACCACAUCAGUUCUUCUUUUUUCACUGCGUUUAUCAAUGCCGUCACAUUUACUGGGCUUUAAAAGAACUGAGUGAACUGGGCUGUCUGCACAGUUUGAACUAAAGGAGCAUCGAAUUUAGGCUGAAGUCAGAGAAAUGACGACAUAAGACUGGACAGGGUCUACUACAGGUGGACUAUGUGGACAGGGUCUACUACAGGUGGACUAAGUGGACAGGGUCU